UUCUAUAGCUGAGCAUGAUGGAAUGGAUAGAGCCUCCAAAACGGGAACGCAAAGCUAAUUAUGCUGUUGAUGCUUAUUUCAGAGAAGCCUUACGUGUUAGCGAACCAAAAGUCCCAAAGGCUCCACGACCUCCAAAACAACCAAAUAUUCAGGAUUUCCAGUUUUUCCCACCACGGUUAUUUGAACUGCUGGAGAAAGAAAUUCUCUAUUAUCGUAAGACUAUAGGAUAUAAGGUCCCCAGGAAUCCUGACCUCCCAAAUGCAGCACAGGUACAAAAAGAGGAACAAAAGAAGAUAGAUGAGUCAAUGCCUCUGAAUACUGAGGAAGCUGAAGAGAAGGAAAAGCUUCUAACACAGGGUUUUACAAACUGGAAUAAAAGAGAUUUUAACCAGUUUAUUAAAGCUAAUGAGAAAUAUGGUCGUGAUGAUAUAGACAAUAUUGCUCGUGAGGUGGAGGGAAAGUCUCCUGAAGAGGUCAUUGAGUAUUCAGCUGUUUUCUGGGAACGUUGCAAUGAACUACAGGACAUUGAGAGGAUUAUGGCUCAAAUUGAACGAGGAGAGGCAAGAAUUCAACGGAGAAUCAGUAUCAAGAAAGCCCUUGAUGCUAAAAUUGCAAGGUAUAAAGCACCUUUUCAUCAGUUGCGUAUUCAGUAUGGAACAAACAAAGGCAAAAAUUAUACAGAAGAGGAAGACAGAUUUUUGAUAUGUAUGUUACACAAGAUGGGAUUUGACAAGGAAAAUGUCUAUGAGGAACUAAGGCAGUGUGUACGCAAUGCUCCUCAGUUCAGAUUUGACUGGUUUAUCAAAUCUAGAACUGCAAUGGAGUUUCAGAGACGCUGCAACACUCUCAUAUCAUUAAUAGAAAAAGAAAAUAUGGAAAUUGAGGAAAAAGAAAGAGCUGAAAAGAAGAAAAGAGGAGCAAAAGUUACAGCAUCACAGAAGAGAAAAGCAGAUUUGGCUCCUGAGAAUGCUGGAAAAAAGGAUGCUAAGAAGGUGAAAUCAUGAACCUGAAAAUUGAAGGCUAAAUGUAAAACUGCUACUUUCUUCUCUCCAGCUACAAGUAUUAAUUACCAACUUCUUUGUAUUCAUGGUACUAUCCUCCAAAUCCCAUGGUUUAAUUUUGCAAAUUUUGUAUACUAUACAAUGUCUUUCUUUAUCUAAGAUGUGUAGCUUUAUAUUUUAUGCAUUCCAGUAUUUUUGUGUACUGUAUUUUGUGAGUUUCAUGUCUUUGGCAAAAAUCACUCAGUCCAUGGUUUUUUGAAGCUUGUGCUGAGGUUUUAGCUUUUCUAUGUUUUAUAUGCUGCUGCUUUGAAAGAAGACUAUAGAUUCUAUAGCUAUAUUAUUGGUGUUUCAUAUUUUAAAUUUAUAUGGCUGUUGGAAUAUAAACUGACUUAAUUACUUGACGAGAAAUAUACUUCAUCUUUGUUUACCCUCUCUCCCUCUUUUGCAUAACUAUGUUUAGAGUGAGUGUUAAGGUUUGUAUAAGUGUGCCUU